CCUGACAUUGUAAACAGAAAUCUGCAGGGAAUGAGGAAGGGCUCUGGGGCCUUGUUAGCCCCAAGGCAGCCUGAGCGGUGUUACCCCUGGCAACCCAUAGGUUCCCAUUACUAGCCGGACCGCUGGUGAGUGAACUGGGUGAGUAUAGCUCCAGGUCUAUGGGGCCACAGCAGGUGUCGCUGGGAAUCCAUUACUCUUUGUAAGGCGACCGAUUCGGGGUGAUUUAUAUGCCAUUUCCACGGCAGGUCUCACAUUCACCCCUCGGAUAGUGUUUUUCCGUUACUGACAGCAUUUGGUUUGGCUGAUAUCGAUUAAAAAUAUUAUUUGUGCCUUUUCCUAGUCCAGAAAUGGAGAAAUACGAGAAGCUGGCAAAAAUUGGCGAAGGGUCGUACGGGGUGGUGUUUAAAUGUCGCAAUAAAGAGAGCGGACAAGUGGUUGCCAUCAAGAAAUUUGUUGAGUCUGAAGAUGAUCCGGUUAUUAAAAAGAUAGCUCUGCGUGAGAUUCGCAUGCUGAAGCAACUAAAACACAACAACCUGGUGAAUUUGCUGGAGGUGUUCAGGAGGAAACGAAAGCUUCAUCUCGUCUUUGAAUAUUGUGAUCACACUGUUCUUAAUGAGCUUGAAAAACACCCCAACGGAGUUCCUGACUCUUUGACAAAGAACAUUAUGUGGCAGAUACUUCAAGCAGUAAACUUUUGCCAUAAGAAUAAUUGUAUCCACAGAGAUGUCAAACCUGAGAAUAUUCUUUUCACCAAGCAAGGCGUGAUAAAACUCUGUGAUUUUGGAUUUGCACGGAUUUUAACGCGGCCCGGUGAUGAUUACACUGAUUACGUGGCUACCCGUUGGUACCGGUCCCCAGAGCUCCUGGUGGGAGACACACAGUACGGAGCGGCAGUUGAUGUAUGGGCUAUGGGCUGUGUCUUUGCUGAGCUCCUCUCCGGGCAGCCUCUGUGGCCAGGAAAAUCUGACGUGGACCAGCUUUACCUCAUUAUCCGAACCCUUGGAAAGCUGAUCCCAAGGCACCAGUAUAUCUUCCACAGCAACCAGUUCUUUCAUGGAGCCAGCAUCCCUGAACCUGACCCUGGGGACGUGGAAACGUUGGAGGAGAAAUUCACAAACAUCCAGCCUGUGGUUAUGAGCUUCAUGAAGAGCUGUCUGCGUAUGAAUCCAGAUGAUCGGCACACCUGUGAGCAGCUGAUAGAGAGUGCUUAUUUUAAUUCCACCCGCGAGGAAACAGAGAAGAGGAGAGGCAAAGGCAGGAGAAGAAUACAACAGAGUCAACUCUUGCCAUAUAUCCCUGGCAAUGGGGCUUCGCCUGCUCCAGACGCUAAAAACAAACCAAGGUUUCAAAAAUUUGAUCAUUUUCCUAACAUUUAACUUCGAGAGCUGGGGCAUAGAACCUUAAACUCGGAAAAGACAUAUCUAGAACUAACCUUCACGGGUAACAGUACCUAGUCUUCUGGAAAUACAUGUCCUGUUACUCCAAGAACUGUGAACUGGAAUCCAUUUAAAGGAAGCAAAAUUUCUCGACCAUGGCCUACACCGUACAUAUUAGCUUUAGUUAAUAAUAGCCCAAUUCCAGAUUGAUGUCAUGUACCUCUAUUCUGAAGCUGCUUCAUUUAACAAUACAACCAGAGGAAUUACUGAUUGUUUAGUUGGUGACCAGAGUGAAAACAAAUCAUCAGUACUGGAAACUCAAGUACGCACAAUGGGGGACCUAUAAUAAUGUAGCAACAAGAUAUAGGAUCAGAACUGUAGCUUAAUCUACUCUGCUGCUUAAAAUAAACAAUAUAAAUGUU